AUGUCUGCUGCAAAGUCUGCAGGAAAAGAACUUGCUCCAUCUGCAAUAAAUACUGCUAAAGAUGUUGUAGUAGACAAAGGAAAACAAUUAAUUCUUCUAUAUAAAAAAAUAAAAUGGCAACUUCUAACUUAUAAAGAUAUCGCAACAACAGCAGUAAUAGCUGAAAACCAAGGAUUUGCAAUAAGACAAUCAUACUUAAUUCAGAAACCAACAUACACUACUUGGAGAUUAGGUGUAAAGACAUCUACUGAAAAAACACGAUAUAUAAUUGUUGGAUUUCAAAUGAAUAAGGGUGUAGAUCAAACUGCUAAUCCUACAAUAUUCGAUCAUUGUGACUUGAAAAAUAUGCAAAUCACUAAUGAUGUGCAAAUUAGAGCAACAUUUAAUCAAGUUGUUCCUGUAGGUACUCAAGUAAAUGCUGUCGUAAUAUCUGAUGAAAUGCUUCAAUUUCAAGCAAACGGAAAAAGAAUGAACAUGAAUCAAUAUUUGGAUUCAGAUGAAGAAGAAGAGAUGAUAAUAAGACUAGAAGAAGAAAAGAUGAUAAUAAGGCUUGAAGAAGAAAGAAGAAGAAUAGAAACAGAAGAUGAUUUAUUAUAUUAUUUAGAAAAGGAGAGGCUAGAAGAAAAAGAUAGGCUUGAAGAGAUUUUAAUAGAAGACAAAAGGAUAAUAAGUGAAGGACAAAGUAUUAUAAGAGAAGAUGAGGAAAGAAGACUAGUAGUAGAAGAAGAUAUAGUAAAUUAUUUAGAAGAAGAUGAAGUAGAGAUGAGCAUAGAUGGAAAAAAUAGGAUAGAGAUUUUAAUAGAUGAAUUUAGGAUAAAAAGAGAAGAACAGAGAAUAAGAGCACUAGAAGAAGAAAGAAGAAGAAUAGAAAGAAGACAAGAAGAAAUAUUACAAGAUCAAAUAAGACUAGAUGAAGAAAGAAGACAACUAGAUGAAGAAAGAAGAAAACUAGAUGAAGAAAGAAGACAACUAGAUGAAGAAAGUGAUUCUGUAGAUUUUGGAUAUGAUUCAAAGUGUAACGAAGAAGAUAUAAUACAAGAACAAAUUAUACUAGAACAAAUGAGACUAGAACAAAUGAGACGAAAAGAAGAAUAG